GGGGAAAAAAGGUCUAGUAUUUGAAGAUCAAUCAAUUUGGUUCUGUUCAUAUGGGAUCUUCAAGACUGCUAUUCCUUUUUUAUUCUAUUCUCCCGUUAUUCGUUGCUAAUCUCAGCCUUGGAGCCGAUCCCUUCUUCCAAUCCCGUUGUGUGAACACGGCCGGAAACUACACAGCAAACAGCACCUACAGGUCCAACCUCAACACCGUCUUCUCUCGGCUCACUUCUCAGACAGAUUUCAAUUAUGGCUUCUAUAAUCUGUCGGCUGGUCAGAACUCCGACCGUGUUAACGCCGUUGCACUCUGCAGGGGAGACAGAAACCAAGACGAUUGCAACACUUGUCUCAACGAAACCAUAUCGGAGCUCGGGCAACAGUGUCCGUCGUACAAGGAGGCGGUCGGAUGGUCUGAAUUUUGUACGCUGCGCUACGCCAACCGAAACUUAUUUGGAGAAAUGGAAACAUCUCCCGACUCUUGUCUAUUUAACACUCGGGACGUGACGAAUGCCGAUCAGUUCAAUGCGGCGUUGGAUAACCUGUUGAAUAACCUGAGCAGCCGAGCCACCUCGGCGGGUCCUCUCCGGAAGUAUGCGGCGGAUAGCUCGUCGGUGGGCUUCUUUCAAAUAGUAUACGCUCUGGUGCAGUGCAGUCCGGAUUUGUCCGAGCAAGAAUGUGGCGAUUGUUUAAGUGUGGCUAAGAAUGGGAUUGGAAGUUGUUGUUUGGGAAAAAGGGGAUGCCGAAUUCUCAGACCAAGCUGUUUCUUGAGGUAUGAGUCUUACCCGUUUUAUCAGACACCAAUUCCGCUACCGUCACCUCCUCCGUCUGCUACUCCCCCUCCCCCCUCUACCGGAGGAAACGGAAACAACACAACCCUUAUUAUCACCGUUGUUGUUGCUUCAGUUGUCGGAAUCAUAGUACUACUAGUCGCUUCCAUCUGCAUUUGGAGGAGGACCAGCAAGACCCGAAGAACACAACCCUUAUUAUCACCAUUUUUGCUUCUUGCUGCUGAUGAUGAUUCGGUCAUUAGGACCGGCUCCCUGCAACUUGACUUCGCCACUGUCCGGACCGCAACCAAUAACUUUUCCGAUGCAAAUAAGCUCGGCCAAGGUGGAUUCGGAGCUGUUUAUAAGGGUCUACUUCCGGAUGGACAAGAGGUUGCCGUCAAAAGACUAUCAAACGAUUCUGGACAAGGAGACUUGGAAUUCAAGAAUGAAGUCCUGUUAGUGGCCAAGCUUCAACACCGCAAUUUGGUUAGGCUCCUUGGAUUCUGCUUGGAAGGAUGUGAAAGGCUUCUCGCUUAUGAGUUUAUGCCCAACACCAGCCUUGAUCAUUUCUUAUUCGAUCGAGUCAAGCGAGCGCAGCUGGAUUGGGAUCAUCGCUACAAAAUCAUCGGAGGUGUCGCUCGUGGCCUCCUUUACCUUCACGAAGAUUCUCGACUGAGGAUAAUUCACCGGGACCUUAAAGCGAGCAAUGUUCUGUUAGAUGCAGAGAUGAUUCCGAAAAUUGCAGAUUUCGGAAUGGCAAGGUUGUUUGUACGGGACGAAACGCAAGGCAACACCAGCAGAGUUGUGGGAACCUAUGGAUACAUGGCACCGGAAUAUGCCAUGCACGGCCAAUUCUCCGUAAAAUCGGACGUUUUCAGUUUUGGUGUGAUAGUUUUGGAGAUCGUAAGUGGUCAGAAAAACAAUUGCUUCCAACAUGGUGAAACUGUGGAGGACCUAAUAAGCUCUGCAUGGAAACAUUGGAGACAAGGGACGGCAAUGAAUCUGAUCGAUCCGACACUGCGAGACGGUUCGAGGAAUGAAAUGAUGAGAUGCAUCCACAUCGGAUUACUCUGUGUUCAAGAAAACGUAGCAGACAGACCAACCAUGGCUACAGUCAUUCUGAUGCUUGAUAGUUUUUCAGUCACCCUUCCCAUGCCUUCCCAACCCGCUUUUUUCAUGCACUCCGGCAUCGGUUCGGACAUGUCGUCUUCGAUAGUGUCCGAAUCGUACCAAUCUAAAAGUGAAGAACUACCAUUGUCCAAGAAUGAAGCUUCCAUUACUGAUCUAUAUCCUCGAUAGUGUUUCCAGAAUUAAUUGUAAGAAAUUUAGAAUAAUGUUU